AUGUCUGGUCAACCACUACGCGUCAUGGAGUUCAAGAAAGAUAUGAACUGCCCUGCUGUCUGCCCUGAGACUCAUGGCGAGAAUGGAGAGUUUCUCCGCCCUCCCACACCUUCCACAGAGCCCGCUGUUAUCAAAAUGGUGAUCAUACGUCUUAUUCCCAUCGAUGAAGUUGGUGCACCAGAUGCCAACCCAGAGAAUCUGCCUGACGUUACCGAUCUGUACCCAUAUUUUGGACCCAACUUCCGCGUUCUUCUGGAGAGCGAGAGCGAUUUUAUCAUGCCUAACGAGAACGGCACUGACCAAAUGGCCCAGACCCAGAUUAUGGACAACGGCCACAGCGACAACAUUCGGAACAUCGCGGAUCUCAACCUCAUGUUGGAGGACUUCAAAAUGACUGAGGGGCUCGGCGACACCGGCGGCCACAAUACUCAAGACAUCAGUAACCUGAACCUGCAGCUGACUGACUUCAACAUGGCUGAGGAGGCCGAGGCCCGCUUCCACAGUUCUGAUGCUCUCGAUGACGACAACUUCAAUGCCUCCCUCCUCCAGUAG